AUGGUGAGAUAUGUCCUCGAAACAGGUCUUCCUGUAGAACGAUUCUUAUGUUUUGUUUCAAAUCCAGGACAUAAAGCUUUAGAUUUGACUAAUGCCAUUACCAAUACUUUAAAAUCACACGAUAUUGACAUUUCUGACUGUCGAGGGCAAAGCUACGAUAAUGCUAGUAAUAUGUCAGGCCAAUACARUGGRGUUCAGGCACGAAUAAAAGAAAUUAAUCCACUUGUUUAUUAUGUACCAUGUAGCGCACACUCGUUAAAUUUAGUUGGCAUAUCUUCUGCUGAAAGUUGCUCACAAGCAUCAAUGUUUUUUGGAUUUAUACAACAAUUAUACAACUUCUUUUCCGCAUCAACGCAUAGAUGGUCAAUUUUGCAAUUAAAUAUGAAACAUAAUGCUAAUACAAUUAAGAGUUUAUAG